AUGGCUGCACAGGACAAAACGUUGGUUGACGAAAUUCCGAACAGCAUGCAGAAACUUGCGCGGUACGUGGUGCGUGGAUUCUACGGUGUCGAACAUGGAGUAACGCUCGACCUGCUCAUUCGUAACGUGUGCAUGAGAGAAGAUGAACUUCGGGAGCUGCUAAGGUUCGAUCCAAAGCAACUUAGAUCGGUUCUCAUAACUUUGAAAAGUGACAAGCUGAUAAAAGAAAGGCAAGAAGUUGAGCAGCGCGUGGAAGGACGGCCAGUGCGUCACAACUACUACUUCAUAAAUUAUCCUGCUUUGAUCAACGUUUUAAAGUACAAGUUAGAUCAUAUGAGGAGGAAGUUAGAAGCAGAGGAGAAGUCAAAUAUUCGUCGGUCUUCGUUCAAAUGUACCAAAUGCGAAAAAGUGUAUUCAGAUCUCGAAAUAGAUAUACUUUGGGACAGCAAUCAGAUGAAGUGUGUUUACUGUCGCGGAGUGGUGGAAGAAGACGAAACGGCAAACGAGAAACAAGUCACCCGAUCAAGUCUGGCGAAAUUCAACGAACAGAUGUGGCCGUUGUUUCAGAUACUACAGGAACUGGAGGGCGUGGAGUUGGCACCACAUUUAUUGGAGCCAGCUCCGUCGAGAGUAUCAAAAUCAUCGCAGUCGGAAGAAACGGGUGAAAAGAAUGCUGGCGGGAACUUCAUGGGGGCAAAUUUCUCUAUGAAGAAAGAAGUGGAGAUGCAACCUAGGCAGAACUUUGUGAUCAACGUGGAAAAGGCCGACGGGCAUCUGACACGAAACAUCCAGAAACAAAAGGAACUACCGGUGUGGAUGCAGGCCAGCACCGUCACCAAUACCGGGUCAUCUAUGCUGCCUGUUAGCGAAGCUUCUGCUCAUGCGAUUCCGAGCUUCACUAUCGUCGAUGCAUCUGUGUCACCAAAGCAUGAUAUAGUCGAAACUUUGUUAGUCAACGAAAUGAAGCCAACAUCGUCUUUAACCGUUGGAGCUGAGGUGGCUAGCGAUGAGAGUGAUGAAUUCGAAGAGGUUGAAGAGCAAGAACUUAAGGUCACGGUUCAGGGUCGACAAGUGGCUCUCAGCGAAUUGACCGAAGACCCUAGUUUAAUAAGUGCUAUGACGCCUGCUGAGAAACAGCACUAUAUAAAAAUAAGCCAGCAAGCCUUUGAGAGCUUAUAUGGGGACUAA